CGGCCCCCAAAGGGGGCUUCCUCAGGCAGCCUCUGCCGCCUCUGCCACCUCUGCAUGGCUGCGACCCGGCGAGCGGAGAGUCGUAGCCGCUGAGACCUGGUGCCCUUCGACGGCCUGGCUGAUUAGGGACCCUGCCGCAGAGCGCGUCCCCCCCGCCGCGGGCCCCCAGCUCAGCCAUGCUGGCCUGCCUGCAGAGGACCCAGAACGCCCCCGGCCAACACCUGGCCUGCCCGACCAAGAGCCUGGAGCUGCGCAAGUGCGAGACAGUGGCCAGCUCCAUGCAUUCCUCCCGCUACCCAAGCCCGGCCGAGCUGGACGCCUACGCCGAGAAGGUGGCCAACAGCCCGCUCUCCAUCAAGAUCUUCCCCACCAACAUCCGCGUGCCCCAGCACAAGCACCUCAGCCGCACCGUCAACGGCUACGACACCAGUGGCCAGCGCUACAGCCCCUACCCGCCGCAUACGGCCGGCUACCAGGGCCUGCUCGCCGUCGUCAAGGCCGCCGUCUCCUCCUCCGGCGUGGCUGCGCCCCCCGGGCUCACCAAAAGCGUGCUCAAGAGCGCCGAGGGCAAGCGGACCAAGCUGUCGCCGGCCGCCGUGCAGGUGGGCAUCGCGCCCUACCCGGCGCCCAGCACUCUGGGGCCCCUGGCCUACCCCAAGCCGCCCGAGGCGCCCGCCCCGCCACCCGGCCUGCCCGCGGCCGCGGCCACCGCCGCCUCCGUCAUCCCCCUGCCCGGCCGCGGCCUGCCCCUGCCACCUUCCAACCUGCCCUCCAUCCACAGCAUCCUCUACCAGCUCAACCAGCAGUGCCAGGCCCAAGGCGCUGCGCCCACCGCCUGCCAGGCCGUGGCCGUUCCCCACCCCAGCCCAGCCAAGCACGGCCCGGUGCCCAGCUUCCCCAGCCUGGCCUACCCGGCCACUGCCGGCCCGCCCGACUGCCGGAAGGGCGCCGAGCUGGGCCAGGGAAGCACGCCGGCCUUGACGUUGGCUGGGGCCACCAAGCCCACAGGGUACGCAGACGGGGGCCUGGAUUACCUGCUGUGGCCUCAGAAGCCGCCACCGCCGCUGCCCCAGCCACUGCGGGCCUACAGCGGCGGCACAGUGGCCAGCAAGUCCCCCGAGGCCUGUGGGGGGCGGGUAUACGAGCGGGCCGGCGGGUCGCCCGUCAACUGCGGCGUGGGGCUGCCCACCAGCUUCACCGUGGGCCAGUACUUCGCCGCCCCCUGGAACAGCGUGCUGGUGACCCCCACCAGCGACUGCUACAAUCCGGCAGCCGCGGCAGUGGCCGUGACCGAGCUGGGGCCGGGGGUGGCCCGGGAGCUGGCGGGGCCGCCGGCCGAGACCCUCUCAGGCCUGCCCAGCAAGAGCGUGUGCAACACGGCCGUGCUGAGCAGCAGCCUGCAGUCACUGGAGUAUCUCAUCAACGACAUCCGGCCCCCAUGCAUCAAGGAGCAGAUGCUGGGCAAGGGCUACGAGACGGUGGCUGUGCCCCGGCUGCUCGACCACCAGCACGCCCACAUCCGCUUGCCCGUCUACAGAUAAGGCCUGCCUGGCAGAUGCGCAGACGGACAGGGCGCCCCGGGGGGAGGCAGGCCGCAGAACAGGGUGGGCAGCACGCGGGGCGGGGGCGCCAGCCCCGCCCUGCGUCCGAGUGCCCAUUGAU